AUGGAAGCAUUGAGGAACUCGUCAGCAGUGAUUCCGGCCGAUGCUGUCGCACAAGAAGUUGAGGCCAAGGAUGAUGCGGCUGGGGCUGUCACCCAUGAGGAGGAGAGCGAGGCAGGACCAUUGAAGGUGUUCGUGUGCUCAGACGAAUUCGAGAUUGCCUGCGGAUGUGCGAUUUGCUUCAGUGUUUUUGUUAUUUGUCUGCAGACCGACAGUGUGGACCUCCCCUUCUUAAUACAGUUCUCGGAAAGCAUGGUCACUGCCUUCUUUUUACUGGAGUGGUGCCUUCGCGUCCGGGUUUUCGGCCUGAAGUGGUUCAAGGACAGCGAGCACCUCCUGGACACCUUCAUCGUGUGGUGCCCCGGGGUCGUCGUCGUCUGGAUCAUGCAGCCGCUUCAGAUUGAAGCAGAAGCGAGCGACCUCUUCAAGUUUUUCCGUAUUGCCCGGAUGCUUCGAUUUGUGCAGCUGGUGAAAGCCUUCAAACACGUUAGUGCCUUUGAGGAUCUCUGGAAGCUGGUUCGCGGACUCGUCAGCAGUGGAGGCACUCUCGCCUCAGCAAUGAGCCUUAUCGUCUUCAACCUGUAUGUGUUUGCCAUCUUUUGCUGCGAGCUGAUCGGUUUUCAGCAGUUCCCCGCGGAUGCUUCCGAUGGCGCCAAAGAAGCGCAGGAGAGGUUCAAAGGGAUAAGUGCGUCCAUGUUGACGUUGACGCGCUUUAUGCAUGGUGACGAUUCACAGGGCAUCAUGGAUGCCUUGGUGGAGGAGUUGCCUUGGAUUUGGAUCUUUCUUUGGCUUUUUACCGCCAUGUCAUCCUUCGUUCUUCUGAACUUGGUGACGGCCGUGAUCGUCCAGCAGGCCAUGGACAUGUCGAAGGGUGAUGAGAAGGAGAUGGCAAUUCUUCGGAAAAGGGAACAGGAACGGGAGAUGAAAGAGUUAGAGGAGAUGUUCCGCGAAAUCGAUGAAGACGGAAGUGGUAUCGUGAGUCUAGCAGAAUUCAAGGAGGCCUUCAAAGAUCCUGCUAUCUGCGACAAGUUUCUGAUGCUCGGGCUGAAAGAGGAGCAGGCCAUGGAGCUCUUCUCGCUGCUGGACACUGGCGGUGAGGGAGAGCUGGAUCUCUCCGAGUUCAUGCAAGGCAUGUCCCAGCUGAAGGGGGUCGCAAAGAACAAGGACAUGGUCAUGCUCACAAAAGGCAUCGAGCGCCUGGGUAAAGGCAUCAUCAGGAUGGGAGAAGGCAUGGGCUUGCACGGCUUGAAAGAUGAGCAUGAGAAUGAUGGCGUCAAUGGAAAGCUGGAACCUUUGCGAUCCUCCUGCCCUUUUCUCGAGCAGGAGGCUCGGCUCCAUCUGCCGUACGACAUCAGCAAUGCCGUGUAUUUGGAGGUGCAGUCCAACGAGGAGCCACUCUUUAGCUACAUGUUGCGCUACGUGAGCAAGUCUGUCCAAGAUGCCAAAAGCAUCCGUGCAGACAUGGGCAAGGGGAGAGGACUGGGAGCAGACGACGACGAGAUUGAUGACUUGCUCGUCAUGGUCAAGGGCAAGGGCAAGGUUGGCGGUGCAAGCCGCAAGCGCAGGCGGGAAGUUCAAAUGCCUUCAGGCAACAUCGGCCUCGGUUGGCACUCGUUCGAUUUCCAGUGGGACGAGGGCAAGACGUGCAAAGUGACGGUUGUUCUCCAGCGCAUCGGGCAUCCGACAGGUGAUGGUCCGUCCUUUUUCUCAUCGUUGGUUUUGUUUGUGGAGGGGACUGACCAGAUGCCACUCCUCAAACUCUGUCAGAAGGCAGCUGACAAUGAGACCAAGCAGAAAGCGAAUCGGGUAUCGCUGUGGAGAUUUGAUACCAAGUAUCACUUUUGGUCGCGAAUCUCCAGACGGAUGGCGCGCAGUCUGGACAGCAUCGUGCUGGAAGAAGGCGUGAAGCGACCACUUCUGGAUGACCUCGAGUGGUUUCUGAAAGAUGAAACGCGGACGUUCUAUGCCAAGCAUGGAAUCCCUUAUCACCGCUGCUACCUGCUUCAUGGAGAACCCGGUACUGGCAAAACAUCUUUCAUGAAUUCCGUAGCUGGACAUAUUCAGCGCAACCUUUGCUUUAUCCAGAUGGACAAGCACAUGACUGACGACACAUUUAGAAAUGCCAUGACACAGUUGCCGGCACUCUCCAUGGUGGUUCUCGAAGAUGUAGACGCCCUCUUCACUAACCACCGUGAAGCAGAUCACAACAAUUCAUCUUUGUCUUUCAGUGGCUUCCUAAACUGCUUAGAUGGGCUCGGGGCUCCGGACGAUGUGGUAAUCUUUAUGACCACGAACCACCCGGACAAGCUGGACCCGGCUGUGAUGCGGCCUGGACGGAUUGACCUGAAAGCGGAGUUUAAGAAGCCGAACAAGGAUGUUGCCUCGAAGUACUUCCUGACGUUCUAUCCUGGCGCGGAAGAUGCUGCUGCAUCCUUCGGAACCUCAGUAGGUGGGCGCAUUUCAGAGAGGAAAGUGUCCAUGGCUCAGCUGCAGCACUUUUUCUUGGCCUGCCAUCGACAAGGCUUCGAUGCAGCAAAGGCUGCAGAAUACAUCAGUGACUUCCUCUUUGAUGAGCCGCGCGAAGGCGGAGAAGGCAAGCUGAAAGAGCGCGUGGGCAACCUGCGGAGCAAGGUGCGGGAGCGCUUGCAGAAGUCGGAGGACGAGAUGUUGCGCUUGUCUUCUCGGAUGGACAGGAUGCUGAAGCAGACGGAGGUUGCCAUUCGACGAAUCAAAACAGGUCAGCCGCCAGGCUCUGGCCAAGCCGACAGCUCCAAGGAUGAUUUGGCAAAGUCGCGGAGCCGAAGGAGGGAUGGUGACAAGAAGGAGAAAGACAGCAAAGAGCAGAAAGAGCUCAGGGAUAGGAAGGAGAAGGAGCCACGCGAAAAGAAAGAGAAGCGGGAGCAUAAGGAACCCAGGGAACAUAGAGAUCGUGAGCACAGAGAGCACAAGGAGCGACGAGAAAGGGGCAAGAAACGGGGCGAGGAGGAGGACGGAGCGACUCUCGACCGCGACGGGGAUCAGGCCGUGGCCGGUCGCGUUCAGCAAAACGUGGGAGACGCGAUGAUAGCAGAGAGAGGGGGCGUCGUGGUGGCAGAAGCAGGUCAGAUGGUGGACGUCCGGGCGAGGCCCUUUCUGAAUGGGGGAUCCGGCUUUGGAUUCAUCCGGCCAGAUACUGGCAAGGUUAACGACAAGGACCUUUACUUCCACUGCACGGCGGUGAACAAAUCUGUUCCGUUCGACGAGCUGAGGGUCAAUGACGAAGUCAAUUAUGAGGCAGUCCGAGAUGAUCGGAAGGGCCAUCCCACAGCGAAAAAUGUGAGUCUGAAGAAUGGUGGCAGUAGCAGUAAGAGAAAAGACUCACGUUCAACUUCGCGACGUCGUUAG